UCGAAGCCGUCUCACGUCUGUACCGCUAUCUCGGCGAAUAAAUAAAAGAUGCAGCCCGCUGUGCUUACAAAGACGGCCCCGCUAGCGUAAGCUCAGUGUGACUCCAACAUACUAACGCGAUGGUCAAUUACAAAUGUGUGGUCGCCGUGCUUGUAGCACUGGCGGCUGUGGCCUUCGCCGCGCCGGCUCCUGAUUGCACCGAAAAGCAUUACGAUCAAAGGCAGAAUGGUACUGAGAACUAUAGACUAAACAUCGACGGCGUAGUCAUCGCCGUGGCCCCAGCUGAAACUCUCCUUGACGCCGCUUCAGAAUUCAGUGAUUUAUUCGACAUUUCUGAUAUCGAUGACUUGUUAAAACCGCCCAGUUCGUCCAGUUCAUCCAGUUCGUCUAGCUCAUCUAGUUCGGACUCGAGUACCAAACCAGAAGUAAGCAGCGAUGCCAAGCCUGAUUCGGAGAAGCCCGCCGAAGCCCCACUAAGCGAUGUUAGUCUCAGCCCUGAAGCUAAGCCCCAGAGAAAGGACGCGUCUGCAGGAAAACCAGGAAAGCAAGAGAAAAUUCAAAGACUGAAGAAUCGCCUCGCGCAUGUUUUGAUACCCUUGUUAAGAAAGACACGCCAUCAUUGAA